AUGGAUGCUCAGGCACUCGCGACAGUUCUAAGAGAGUUCUCAUUAGCAAAUCAAGAAUUUUUUGAGAAAAUAUUAAACAAAAAUGAAGAAGUAUUGAGAAGCGUGAUUAACGGGAAAAAAUCCGCUAAUUCAACUCCAACCUUUCGACGGUUUGAGAAAAAUGUUGAAAAGUGGUCGAUAUAUAUUCAGCAGAUGCAUCAACAUUUUGUGGCACAUCAAGUGAAAGACGAUGUAUUAAAACGCGCAUGUUUCCUUUCGUGGAUAGGUACAGAGACCUUUGAACUUAUUCAAAAGUUAUGUGACAAUAAUAUAGAGAAUAAGUCUUUUGGUGAACUACUAGCAAAAUUGGAUAAUCAUUUUGCGGAAAAACAGCAUAUAUUAGCAGCACGUUUUAAAUUUCAUUUAAUACGAAUGAAAGCAAAUCAAUCAUAUGCUGAGUGGGUGGCAGAACUGCGUGGUGCGGCUAAAGAGUGCAUGUUCCUAUGUACUAGUGAAACUUGCCAGCAAUCGUUUAUAGAUAAUUGUAUACGAGAUAUGGUUGUGAUACACACACCACACGAUAAAGUCCGUAGUGCCGCGUUGCAGAAAACAAACCCAUCGCUAGAGGAAGUACUGCAGAUAGCAGCAAUAUAUGAAGCAACGGUUAAAACUUGUAACGAAAUUAGAGGUGAAGAUAUCAGUCAAACAGUUAAUGAAGUUAAUCACAGUUCAAGUAAGAAAGUUAAACAGAAUCGAAGUAAUAUUAAGUCCCGAAAUUCAGUGAAGGGAGGACAAUCGUGUCCAGCUUGUGGGAAAGCACAUCAAAGAAAUCAAUGUUAUCAUUACAAGAACAAAACAAAGUGUCGGUUAUGUACAAAGCAAGGUCAUAUUGCUGCAGUUUGUCAAUCAGCAGUGACAGGUAUUCAGCAGAAUUCUAAUUUUAAGGUUCGCAGACAGGAACAAAAUAGAGCAAGAGAUGUAUAUUCUAUGAGUGAUGUUUCAUUUGAGUCAAUUAAUGCGAAUGAAACAACGGAAGUUAAAUCAGUUGAUUCGCAACUUAGUUCAUCUAAAAUUUUCGUUGACCUCAAUAUAAAUAACGAAAUUUUAACAUUUCAAGUAGAUACUGGUGCAACAUGUUCCUUAAUUGGUUUGGCGGCAUAUAAACAACUGGGUAGACCUAGUUGUGGGCCUACGAAUAAAGUUCUGAGAGCGUAUGGAGGAGCUGUUAUUUUUCUUAAGGGUUCUCUCAGAGUAAAUGUCAAGUAUGGAAAUAUUACUCGAAGCCUUGAGAUACUUGUAGUUAACGAUGAAUAUGUUACUAACAUACUGGGAUUGGAUUUGUUUACAGUAUUAAAUUUCAAACUGCAGUUACCUGUUAUUGAAUGUUAUGCAAAUAAUCCUUGUGACAGUCAACAAAGUUUAACCGCAUCUCUACAUGAACUCAGAUGUCAACAUGCUAACAUUUUUUCUUCGAAAUUGGGGCGUUGUACGUUGUUCAAAGCUGAAAUCAGAUUGAAGUCAGAUGCUAAGCCUAAAUUCUUUAAACCAUACAACCUGCCGUUUGCGAAAAGAGAAGACGUUCGCAUCGAAAUUGAUCGGUUGGUAAAUAUUGGAGUUUUGAAAGCUAUCAGAAGCAGCGUCUGGGCCGCUCCUAUAGUUGUAGUGUCAAAGCCAAAUGGAAAAUUACGUAUUUGUGCAGAUUUCAGAAUUGGUGUGAACUCGCAAAUUGAGAUUGACAGUGAAGCGUACUUGCAAGUAGAAUUGUCUGACGCAACAAAAGAAUUUCUAGUCAUUAAUACGCCAUUUGGUUUGUUCCAGUUUCAACGAUUGCCAUUCGGUAUUGCCAGUGCUCCUGGCAUAUUUCAACGUCUUAUGGAAGAAGUAACCGCUGGAAUACCGAACUGUGCAGUUUAUUUAGAUGAUAUAAUCGUAACAGGUCGAAAUAAUAAAGAACAUUUGAAUAAUAUUUUCAAAAUUUUUCAACGUUUGGAAGAAUACGGCUUGACAUGUAAAAGCGAAAAAUGUAGUUUUGCGCAAGAGCAGGUAGAUUAUGUUGGACACGUAAUCAAUGUGAAUGGAUUAAUGCCCACAGGAAAACGUGUAGAGGCAAUCAAAUUAAUGCCGCGUCCUCGUAAUAUUCAAGAAGUUGAAGCUUUCAUUGGAAAAGUUAAUUAUUAUAACAAAUUCAUUAAACAGUUUUCCAUAUUAGCUGCUCCUUUAAAUGAACUAAGGAAAAAGAAUGCUGUGUUUAAAUGGACAGCAUAUCAUGAAGAUGCUUUUCAAGCAUUGAAGAAUGCUAUGAUCAAAGCUACGGAACUCGUUCAUUAUGAUGAUAAGAAGCCUAUAGUGUUAGCAGUAGAUGCAUCUAAGUAUGGAAUCGGCGCAGUAAUUUCACAUCGUUAUGCUGAUGGUUCAGAGAAGCCAAUCGCGUAUGCUUCAAAAAAAUUAAACAGCAGCCAAGAACGCUAUUCUCAAAUCGAAAAAGAGGAAUUAGCAAUAAUUUAUGGAGUGACCAAGUUUCAUCAAUAUCUUUAUGGAAGACGUUUUGAAUUAAUAACUGAUCAUCAAGCGUUGACAACACUGUUUAAUCAGAAUAGAAAGUUGCCAGUGAUGGCGUUGCAUCGUUUACAGCGUUGGGCUAUUGUACUUCAAGCAUAUGAAUACAUUAUACGGUUCAAAAGUUCAUCUCAGAAUGCUAACGCUGAUGCUCUUUCCAGAUUGCCGUGUGGGGAUGACAUACAAUUUGAUAGAAAGGAAGUUGUGAUGUUAGAUGAUGUCGAUACUGUUUAUCAAAAUGCUGUGGAUUAUCUUCCAGUAAAUGCAACAUUAGUAAAGGAUAUGACUGCUAAUGACAACACUCUUCAACGUGUCAGCAGAUAUGUACAAGAUGGCUGGCCUGAACAAUUGCCGAAAUCUGAAGAAUCAUCGACCGGUAGUGGAACCGACUAUUCCAGUGCCUUUUUAAAUACUAGUUCAAGUGAAUUAAGCUCAAGGGAUGAAGUGCACCAACCAGCAUGGCAAUAUUGGGAAUUUUAUCGAAACUCUUAA